AAAAAAAAAAAAACAGACCCUCCUCCCAAUUUCCUGCGUCUCCCUCCUCUUCCCCUCUCACAUAUCUCUAACAAAAAAACCCUAGCCAUCAAGAGCUCCACCACCGACCUCCAUCAUCGUCGACCUCAAUCACCAUGCAGACCUCCAUCAUCCUUGUCGCGACCGCCUUCCUCCUCACGCCGACGUUGUCCCCGCCUUACCCGCUGCCCUCGUCGCCCCAGCCGCACUUGUCGCCGUCUUUACACCACUGUCGCCGCCUCUGCCUCCCCUGCCGCCGCGCCGCUGUCCUCCCCCCGCGCCCCGCCGCGCCGCUGUCCUCCCCUGCCCCGCCGCCGCGAGGUCAAGACUCUUCCCUGCCUCCCUCUUUCCUCAUCCCUAUUUUUUUUUUCCAGAUCUGAUAGUCUCUAUUGGUACCAAUACCACUGGUAGCACUAUUAGUGCCAAUACCACUGGUAGCACUAUUGGUACCAAUACCACUGGUAGCGCUAUUGGUACGCUACCACUACUCACUGGUACCAAUACCAGUGACUCCCCUAUCAUCUGGUACCACUAUCAUCUGUUUUUUUUUUGUGUGUGUUAUUCUCUACUGGUACCGCUACCAAUGCUAGUGGUAGCGCUACCAGUGCUAGUAGCGUUGUGUUAUUCUCUACUGGUAGCGUUGUACUGGUAGCGUACCACUAGUACUGGUACAUUUUUUACUGGUACCGCUAGUACUGGUACAUUGUUUAACGUACUGGUAGCGUACCACUAGCACUGGUAUAUUAAUUACCAGUAGACUAAUAGAUUGGUACACUUUUUAACGCAUUGGUACAUUUUUUCAGGUUGCUGGAGGGAGUCUGCCGGAGAGAAUUCGCCGGAGAAAAAGUUUGUCGGUCGAUGCGGAGUGGCUGCUGGAGAAAGGAAGAGAGAGAGAGAGAUAGAGAUAUUAAUGUAUAGGAUUUAAAUUUCAGAAAAAAAUUGUAUUUAAUAUGGGUAUUUAAUUCCCAAUAUAAUUAAUACAAAAAGUAAUUAAUAUAUUCAUUUUUUAUACCCAAAAUACCCUUGGUUGUGAAUCUGACAACCCCCAAGGGGGUUGUCACCGUAUCCUGUCCCAUUCAACGCUAAUGAAUUGAUUCGUUGGAUAUUUUGAUCUGAUUGUCAUGAUUUAUGAGGGUAUUCAAAUUGACUUAUAUGGGAGGAGUUACGGUGCUAAUUGUACAAUAGUUAGCACCGUCCUAACCAAGGGAAAAACUACUACUAGUUUGAAUUAGUAGUGAUUUAGCUUAGAUAUUGUAUUGAUUUUAUAAUAAUUCGUAGUGAUUUCGUUAUUUUUAGUAGCGUUUUUUGCUAGUUAUCACGGUGCUAACCCCUAUAAGAGUUAACACCUAAUCCCAUCCCGACUUAUAUAUAUACUUUUAUUGGUUUGGAGUUUGAAUCGGUUCCAAUUUGAGUCAACUCAUUUUGGUCAGACUCAUGUGGAUCGAUAUCUAUUUUGGUUCAAAUGAUUGUACACACAAAAGAUAAUAUUUAAUAUCACAUUAAUCGUCGUCAAUCCUUAUUACACUUUUAGUGUCGGUGUUUCCAUAUUUUUGUUUGGUUCAUAACAAAAAAAUAAGGCACAAUCUGCAUUAAAUUAGGUAUCCAAUUUUUUGUACUACAUACUAUAUGUCCAAUUUAGACCCAAACUCAAAGUUGGGUAUGAAUUUGUAAAAUUGCCUAAAUUUGAUUUGACUCAUAAUGAGUUGGGUUUGGGUAAUCCUCAAAUAACGGGUCCUUUUUGACUCAUAAUGUAAAAUUGCCUGCUCAAUCGCUACCUUCUAGUUUAAUAUUAACUUCCAUUCAUUGAUUAAACCCAAUAAACUUCUGAAUCGCUAAAUGUCGCCCUUAAAAUUGCUAAUGGUCGCCCUAACUUUAAUGAUAAAUGACUUAUUUACCCCAAUAAAAUUUCAAAAUUUAAACAAACCAAACAAUCCAUAACCCCUCAAACUGAACCCCUCAUCUGCCUUCUUCGCAAAUCCCUCUCGACGCACCAGUUCGUCGGCGUCUUUCUCGCCGUCGUCGCCCGUUCUCUACGAAAUUUCCAAAAAAACGCUCAACCUAAGGCAAGUUACGGUUGGUCCAUGGUGCAACCGCAACUCACUUGCGGUUGGUCCAUGGUGAAAUCGCAAGUGAGCUGCGGUUGGCUCAUGGUGGAACCGCAAGUGAGCUGCGGUUGCACCAUGGACCAACCGCAAGUGACUUGCGGUUGGUCCAUGGUGCAACCGCAAGUGAGUUGCGGUUGGCCCAUGGUGCAACCGCAAAUGAGCUACGAUUCACUUUUUUUGUUUUUUUUCCAAAUUUUUUAGUGAACUUUACCGAUUCAGAGUCGCUAGUCAUGAUACAGACAUCAUAUCGACGAUUCCAACUCCGGAAUGACGAUGAUGGAUUCUCUCUUUUGAAUAAUGUUUUAUUUUUUUUACUAAGAGGUGUUUGUUUGCUAAAGGAAGAGUAAAGUAGCUAAAAGGUUAAAUUUGUAACUUUGAUGUUUUUUAGGGCGACAUUUAGCAAUUUUAAGGGCGACCUUUAGCAACUCCCAUAAACUUCGUACGUUCUUGUAGGAAGGCAAAUGUAUUGGGAGGGAGACCUAACAAGUAGCGUAGUCCAUCUCAACACCCCACUGGCAAGAUUUCAUUAAUCUCUCUCUCGUAAGAUCUAAAUUAAAUAUGAGUAUGUUAUAUAAUCCACAAACUGUUAAUGAGUGUAUUAAUAUAUUAACUCGUCGCUAGAUUCACUAAUUCCUCCCCAACCAGUAGCCUAACAGCUGGUCAGGCUGACAUUCUCCGUUGUAAACCCAUGCACCUGCAGCAUCAACAUUACUAAUUUUGGGUGUCUAUUGCUAUAAGAUAGUUUUUUCAUGCGCAGUUCUGUUGCAUCUGGCUACUAAUGAAUUCAAGAGGGUGAUAUAUAUAAUAUAUAUUGCUGGUCUUCUCUUUACCGGUUUUCCCUCUUUCCUUCUCUCAUGAAAAAAAUAAAUUAUGCAGCUACCUAGCUAGGGUUAUUAAAUCAUAGCCAGGAAAUUUCAAGUCUGGAUGCAUGGUUUCUUCGGCAAAGGAAGCCGUUUCAAUUCGAUUGGUAGGCUUGGAGGUCGAUUCACGGUGAUAGAAAUUGAUUUCGAGGGUGAGGAUGGAAGGAAAUUCGACGACGAUAGUUUCUUUUAUUUUUGGGUAAGAUGAUAAGAGUUUUCGAUCGUAUUUCUGAUUUUUCUCUAUUUUCAUUUUUGUGGGUUCUUUUUUUUUAGGGAAUGGUAAGUGUGUUUUGUAAUUUUAAAUCAAGUAUAGAAUAAAAAGUAGGUCGAAUACCCAUAGAUUUACGUUCAAUUUGGACUCAGUUGGAAUAAGUUAAUUAAUUAGAAACAAUUUCCUUCUUGUCCACGCGCUAUGAGACAGAUUCACAGUAAGCAAGCUCUUGCUUAUCUCUCCUUGACAUCUAUUCAUGCUUGGACUCAAUUAUUAUAAGUAAAUUAACUAGAACCAGUUGUGGCCGACAGAAAGCGCGAGACUACUUUCUUAUUUUCUCAUUAAAUUCAGAAUUUUUUUGAGAGCGGUCAAACUGUGAUAAAGCAUGAUCACCAGUAUAUACGAACGAAGUCCACAUGAUUUCUCGUCGUGUAUGACCCCGAUCACUGGAAAACUGUCAGGAAAAUGAAUUUUCUUGUAGUGAAAAUUUAGUUUUCACCAAUAUCUCAUAACGAUACUAUAUUGCGAGAAUAAACAUUUUAUACUAGCACAUUGAUCAAUUUAAUUUCUCUAAUACAAUGACCGUUGUAUAUGCAAAGAAAUCAUAUAUUCCAUAUGAAGAGCAGAGAUAUGCAUGACAAGAAAAUCACAACCCAUGUGUGUAGAUGGAAAUUUACAAUCAUAUAUAUAUAUAUAAACUUGAGGUUUAUGA